AUGUCCGUCAAUCUCGGGAUGCUCUGCCUUUGUCUCUGCUUCUGCUGGACUGAAGCUCGCAUAUGGGCCUGGAUGCUCAACAUGCCCCACAGCCCCCCCAAAGCAGGCGCCAAGGCACUCAGAGAAAGCACGCCUGUCGCCAAGGCUGCCGCGGCCGCGUGCGACCAUGACAGGGCCUGUGGACGGGGUUUCUCCUGCGAUCGACACUUCGGCCUCUGCGUCCCUCUGCGAGGGGAGGGCCACUACUGUCGGAGGGACGUCCAGUGUGUCCGCGGACUCAGCUGCAUGUUCGGGAAAUGCCACCGCAGCAUCGCCAACGGGCAAGAGGGUGCCAGAUGUAAAUUGAACAGGGACUGCGGGGCGUCCAUGUGCUGCGCGCGGCACCACGGUGAGCAGGUGUGCAAGAGACGCCUGGUCCGCGGCCAGAGCUGCUAUGUUCCUGACGGGGGCCUGGCGUUCAGCAUCAACCAGAUCUGCCCGUGUGAAGAGGGGCUACUGUGUCGGGAAAACGGUGCAUCACGCCGGAGAGAGUGA